AUGGCAGGCCUGGGCGGGGGGGGGUCCCCGCCGCGGGCCCCCCCGGGCGCCCCCGCGCUGCAGCCGCGCUGGAAGCGGGUGGUGGGCUGGGCUGGGCCCGUGCCCCGGCCCCGGCACGGCCACCGCGCCGUGGCCAUCAAGGAGCUCAUCGUGGUCUUCGGGGGGGGCAACGAGGGCAUCGUGGACGAGCUGCACGUCUACAACACAGCCACCAACCAGUGGUUCAUCCCGGCCGUGCGGGGGGACAUCCCCCCGGGCUGCGCCGCCUACGGCUUCGUGUGUGACGGGACGCGGCUGCUGGUGUUCGGGGGCAUGGUGGAGUACGGCAAGUACAGCAACGACUACCUGAACGACCUGUACGUGCUGGAGCUGCGCCCGGGCUCGGGGGUGCUGGCCUGGGACAUCCCCAUCACUUACGGGGUGCUGCCCCCUCCCCGGGAGUCCCACACGGCCGUGGUGUACACGGAGCGCGACGGGCGGCGCUCGCGCCUCGUCAUCUACGGGGGCAUGAGCGGCUGCAGGCUGGGGGAUCUGUGGACCCUGGAUAUCGAGCGCCCGCCGGCGCCGGGCCGCGUGCAGCUGGUGCGCGCCAACACCACGUCGCUGGAGGUGAGCUGGGGUGUCCCGGCGGUGCUGAAGGUGACCGGUCCCCCUGCGGCCAGCGCGGGGCCACCGCUGGUCACCGUGCGCUCGGCCGGGCCCGGCAAGGCGCCGGUGACGGUGACGUCGCUGCCCGCCGGCGUCAGGAUGGUGGUGCCCACCCAGAGCCCCCAGGGCACGAUCUCCAACCUGGGCAAGGUGAUGUCGGUGGUGCAGACGAAACCUGUGCAGAGCUCGGCUGUCACCGGGCAGGCCUCGAGCGGCCCUGUCACCCAGAUCAUCCAGACCAAGGGCCCGCUGCCCGCGGGGACCAUCCUGAAGCUGGUGACGUCGGGGGAGGGGAAGCCCACCACCAUCCUGACCAGCACGCAGGCGGGGCAGGGGGCGGCCAAGCCCCCCACCAUCCUGGGCAUCAGCAGCGUGUCCCCCAGCACCACCAAGCCCGGGACCACCACCAUCAUCAAAACCAUCCCCAUGUCGGCCAUCAUCACCCAGUCGGGGGCUACCGGUGUCACCAGCAGCCCCGGGAUCAAGUCCCCCAUCACCAUCAUCACCACCAAGGUGAUGACCUCGGGCACUGGGACCCCCGCCAAGAUCAUCACGGCUGUGCCCAAGCUGGGCGGGGGGCACGGCCAGCAGGGCGUGACACAGGUGGUGCUGAAGGGGGCCCCGGGGCAGCCGGGGACCAUCCUGAGGACGGUGCCCAUGGGCGGGGUCCGGCUGGUCACCCCCGUCACCGUCUCGGCCGUCAAGCCCACGGUGACCACCCUGGUGGUCAAGGGCACCACGGGUGUGACCACGCUGGGGACGGUGACAGGGACAGUGUCCACCAGCCUGGCCGGAGGGGCAGGUGGCCACAGCGCCACGGCCUCGCUGGCCACACCCAUCACCACCCUGGGGACAAUCGCCACCCUGUCCAGCCAGGUCCUGAACCCCGCGGCCAUCACGGCCACUGCGGCCGGCGGCGGCCUGGGGACACCGACCAUCACCAUGCAGCCGGUGUCCCAGCCCACGCAGGUGACGCUGAUCACCACGCCCAGCGGCGUGGAGGCCCAGCCCGUCCACGACCUCCCCGUCUCCAUCCUGGCGUCCCCCACGGCCGAAGGUCCCCCCGCGGCCACCUCGGGGGGCGGCGGCCUGGCCGAGCCCCCCGCCGCCGAGGCCACGCCGGGCACCGUCACCCUGGUGUGCUCCAACCCCCCCUGCGAGACCCACGAGACCGGGACCACCAACACGGCCACCACCAGCCUGGUGGCCAACGUGGGGACGGGGGGGGCACAGCUGCAGCUGCUCUGCGAGGACGCGGGCGGGGGGACGGCGGUGCCGGCGCCGCCCCGGGCCUGCUCCAACCCCCCCUGCGAGACCCACGAGACGGGGACCACCAACACCCCCACGGCGGCGGGGACGACGGGGACGGCGCGCCUGGGGACGCCCGGGGCGCCGCCGUGCCCCACGCAGCAGACGGCGGCCACGGGCACGACGAUGACGGCGCGGUUGUGUCCCCCCGAGGGCGGCGGUGGCGGUGGUGGCGGCGCUGUCACCUCGUGCCAAACGCAGGAGGCGACCCCGUGCCAAACGUCCUGGGGGCAGCCUGAGGUGGGGACGGCCACCGGGGCGGUCACUGCGGCCACCACGGCGAGCUGUGAGACCCCCGCGGGGACACGGCUGUGUGCCAACCCACCCUGCGAGACCCACGAGACCGGGACAACCAACACGGUGACGGUGACAGGGUCACAGCUCUGCUCCAACCCUCCCUGCGAGACCCACGAGACGGGGACAACCAGCACGGCCACCACCACCACGGCCACCUCGCACCCCCCACCCGAGUCGGGGACAGCGGUGCCACCACCUCGAGGUGUCCCCCCCUGCGCCAACCCCCCCUGCGAGACCCACGAGACGGGGACGACCAACACGGUGACAAUGACAUCGUCACAGCUCUGCUCCAACCCCCCCUGCGAGACCCACGAGACCGGGACCACCAACACGGCCACCACGGCCACCGCGGGCUCCCGGCCGGGUGACACAACCACGGCCACCAGCGCUGCCACCAGCGCUGCCACCACCAGCACGGGGGGGUCACCGCCUUGUGCCAACCCUCCCUGCGAGACCCCCGAGACCGGGACCACCAGCACGGCCACCAGAGCGGGGUCCUCGCCCUGCCAGAGCCACCAGAGCGGGGCCACCAGCACGGCCACCACCGAGGGGGUGACAGCGUCCCCGCCCUGUGCCACCGCCACCAGCCCCCCCCGCGCCUGCUCCAACCCCCCCUGCGAGACCCACGAGACGGGGACGACGGCCACGGCCACCACGGUCACCGCCAGCAUGGGCGCCAGCCAAGAGCCCCCCCCGCCGGCUGCCAACGGGCAGGGAGAGGGGGAGACCCCCCCCAGCGAGGGUGGGGGUCCCCCUGUGCCCCCCGGGACCCCCAGCCCCGGCCCCAGCGGCAGCGGGACCCCCCAGCCCCGGGCGGUCACGACGGUCACUCAGUCCACGCCAGCGCCGGGGCCGGCCGUGCCGACCAUCUCGUCGCUGACCGAAUCCCCCCCGGCUCCCCCCGAGACCCCCCCAACCACCACGCCCACCCCCCCCGGAGACCCCCACCCACCCCAGGACCCCUCCUCGGCCACGUCCCCGUCCCCCCCCGGGCCCGAGGCCGCCGCCGGGCCCGAGGCCGGGGGGUCCCCGGAGCCGCUGGCCGUGGUGGUGCUGCCGCCGGCCGCGGCCGAGGGCGGCCCGGCCGAGGGGCUGGCGCUGCCCCCCGAGCUGCUGGCCGAGGCGGGGGGCGCGGGGGGACCCCCCGGGCUGACCCCCGAGGAGCUGGCGGUCACCGCGGCGGCCGAGGCGGCGGCGGCGGCGGCGGCCAGCGAGGAGGCGCAAGCCCAGGCCCUGGCCAUCCAGGCCGUGCUGCAGGCUGCCCAGCAGGCUGUCAUGGGCACAUCGGAGCCGCUGGAGCCGGGCGAGCCCGGGGGGGGCCCCUCGGAUCUGGGGGGGGCCCUGGGGGUGUCGGAGGGGGCGGGGGGCGCGGGGGGGACGCUGCCCCUGGUGCUGACCCAGCAGGAGCUGGCGGCGCUGGUGCAGCACCAGCAGCACCUGGCCGAGGUGGCCAACGGCAUCGAGAGCACCCCCGUGAAGCCGGAGCCGGGGGCGCCGCCCAAGGCGCUGCCCAAGAAGGAGAACCAGUGGUUCGACGUGGGCGUCAUCAAGGGCACCACCAUGAUGGUCACCCACUACUUCCUGCCGCCCGAGGACGCGCCCCCGCCCGACGAGGAGGGCUCGGGGGUCCCGGACCACUCCCAGCUGCGCCGCCAGGAGCUGCAGCCGGGCACGGCCUACAAGUUCCGCGUGGCCGGGCUGAACGCCUGCGGCCGCGGGCCCUUCUCGGAGCUGUCGGCCUUCAAAACCUGCCUGCCCGGCUUCCCCGGGGCGCCCUGCGCCAUCAAGAUCAGCAAGAGCCCCGACGGAGCGCACCUGACGUGGGAGCCGCCGUCGGUGACGUCGGGGCGCAUCGCCGAGUACUCGGUGUACCUGGCCAUCCAGGGGGGGCCCGGGGGGGGUCCCGAGGCGCGCGGGGGGGGGGCCCAGCUGGCCUUCAUGAGGGUCUACUGCGGGCCCAGCCCCUCGUGCCUCGUGCCGGCCUCCAGCCUGGCCAGCGCCCACAUCGACCACACCACCAAGCCGGCCAUCAUCUUCCGCAUCGCCGCCCGCAACGACAAGGGCUACGGCCCCGCCACCCAGGUGCGGUGGCUGCAAGAGUCGAGCAAGGACGGAGCCGCCGGGAAGCCGGGCAGCAAACGGCCCCUGGCGUCCCCCGACCUGUGA